UUAGCGGAAACCAGCCUGGAAUCCCGCCCCCUCGACUAGAUUUUAUCCAAUUACACCGCGGCUCCUAAGAUCGGCGGAAGCAGGAAGGCGCCAAUGAGGCCUUUGGCUGCAUCGGAGGGGGCGGAGCUAAAAUGUCAGCCACACCCCUCUCUGUGACUCUACCUUUAGGCUUUGCGCGUUUUAAUGCGAUGGUGUCCCCACGGGAUCAAAUUUCAGCGUCACAGCUGGGGACUGGCUUUGCGGUCCCUGAGGGGAGAGCAUGAGCAGGUGGUAUGUGACUCUUCCUCAGACAAGACCUUGGACUAUACAAUUCACUGGUCCAGGACCCCAGAGCCAGAGAUCUUGGGGCCAGCUGCUUCUGAGAACACAGUGCGGAGUAUAGACUGGAGGCCUGGGAGGGACUCAGGGCCUCAGUUGUGUGGGUCUCCUCUCAUCCAGACCCCAGACUCACAGGAGCAGUGUAAUGACCAGGACCUGAAGAGGCAUCACAGCAUCGCUAAGAAGCCCUUGGAGGCCAGCUCUCCCAAAGUCAAAGUUAAGUCCACCAUGAUGAUCCCUGACUCCCAGAAGCACCUGCGAUGCGAGCUGGAGUCACUCAAGAGCCAGCUACAGGCCCAGACCAAGGCUUUCGAGUUCCUAAACCACUCCGUGACCAUGUUGGAGAAGGAGAGCUGCCUGCAGCAAAUCAAGAUCCAACAGCUUGAAGUCUCAUCUGCAGAGGUGCUGAGCCCCAUGAGCCGCCAGGCAGAGAAGGAGCGACACAGGUGGGGCGCGGAGCAGGGACGGCAGGAGCUGUAUGGGGCCCUGGCUCAAGGCCUGCAAGGGCUACAGAGGACCCUGCGUGACAGUGAGGAGGUAGAGAGGGCCCGCACCACUCGCUGUCUGCAGCUGCUGGCCCAGGAGAUCCGGGACAGGCUGCACUGUCCCCUCAGCAAGAAGUUCCUGUGGGAGGAGCUGGAACUGGUGCGGGAGGAGGUGACCUUCAUCUAUCAGAAGCUCCAGGCUCAGGAGGACGAGAUCACGGAGAACCUGAUGAACAUCCGGAAGGUGCAGAAGACACAGGUGAAGUGCCGCAAGGUCCUGACCAAGAUGAAGCAGCAGGGGCAUGAGACCUCCGACUGGCCGGAGACUGAGGAGAUGCCACCAGGAGGCAGUGGCUCCUGGAGGGGCGACCUCCAAAAGGAGCUGAGUGACAUAUGGUCCGCCGUGCACUUGCUGCAGAACUCCUUUGAUGGCUUCACCAUGUCCGCAGGGGGCUCCCCCAGGGACUGGAACCUCAGGGGCUACAAGGGGCACCGAUGCCUGAGCCCUCUGUUCCCCUCCUGGGACUCGGACUCAGACUCAGACCAGAACCCUUCCCAGCCACCGUUCAACAAGAGCCACUCCUCCCCACCUGCCUGAGCAGCCGGGACUGCUCUCCCUGAAGACCCCUCCAGAGAGAAAAUAAACUAGCCAAGACCCUCUUC